AUGUCGGAAGCUCCUGCGGCAGCGUCAGGAAGUAAAGUGACUUUCAAAAUUACACUGACAAGUGAUCCGAAGCUUCCGUUUAAAGUGCUUUCGGUCCCUGAAUCGACGCCGUUUACCGCUGUUUUGAAAUUCGCUGCGGAGGAAUUCAAAGUUCCAGCUGCGACAUCCGCUAUUAUCACAAACGAUGGAGUCGGAAUAAACCCAGCGCAAUCUGCUGGAAAUAUCUUCCUUAAACACGGCAGUGAGCUUCGGCUGAUCCCAAGAGAUCGUGUUGGGCACUUCUAA